ACAUCCAUUCUGCCAAAGAUAACCCCAGACACCAUGUCAGCCCUAUGUCUGUGUGUACUGGCCUGGAUUAUUCUACCUAUUUUAGCUUUAGACACUGAAAACCCAGAUGUGGACAGACCAAUUGUCUCCUUUACUCCUGACUGGAGAAGCAUGUUCUACAAUGAGACGUUGACUCUAUCAUGCCUUUACCCAUCUAAUGUACAGAAGAAUGAGACGUAUACUUGGUACAGAGAUAAUAAUAAGAUGGAUAUAAGUACUCAGAACUUUACCGUCUCCUCCAUUCAGUUAUAUGACCGGGCAAACUACAAAUGCCAGACCCGCACCAGCAUGAUAAGUGAAUCUGUUCGACCACAUGUUAUAACAGAUCUCGCCAUAUUGAGAGUCUCACGCUACGUCUUUGAAGGCGAUAUCCUGACCCUGACAUGUGACAGUCGGCUUGAUAUGGAUACAACCAAUGCUGUAGCCUCGUUUACCAAAAACUAUAAAGUAGUUAAAUCUAUGAACUACGAAACGUAUUUAUUUGUUGGGAAAGUGGACAGAAGUGUUGAUGGAAAAUAUAAGUGUACAAAAAAGGCCAUCUUAAAGAGUGAAAUAAAGGAUUCUGAUAAUGAAGAGUUAAUUGAAGUUACAGAAUUGUUUUCGCCUCCAGAGUUAAAAAUAAGCGCAAAUCCAAUAUCAGUGGGUAUGGACAUGACUCUGACUUGUGUGACGUCUCUCCAUCCUUUUAGAGCAGAUGUGGAAUUACAAUUUGCUUUCUACAGAGAUGGCUGGCAUGUUCAGGGAUUUGGAUCCUCUAAUAAAUACAUACUUCAGUCUGUUCAACUGGGGGAUUCUGGAGAAUAUUCAUGUGAAGUAAGAACAUUAAUGAACAGUGUGAACAAGAUAAGUAAACAGCAACCGGUCCUCAUACAAGAGUCUUUCAAGCCACUGCUGUCAUUUUACCCAAAUUGGAACAAAGUAUUCAGAUAUGACCUAGUACACAUGACCUGCAAUGACCAGAGAAGCAAGCGAUUUACCUGGUAUAAAGACAAUGUCAGGAUGUUAAAGACUGAAAGGAAAAUAAUGGUUAAUGCUAACAGUAAUAAGGAUAUUGGGCAUUACCAGUGCCAGGGAGAAUCUGGUGAGAAGAGUGACCCUGUUCAUCUGGAUAUUUUCUUUGUGUGGCUCAUCCUGCAAGCACCCCUCUCCAUCCACGAAGGGGACAGCGUGACACUGGAAUGUAAAAUGUGGCGCAGCGGCUCGGCUCUUAAUACUACAUUUUACAAGGAUGACAAUAUGAUAAAGUUUUUGGGUCUUCAAUCAGACUUAAAACUUGGAACCGUUAACACAAACGCUACAGGAAAAUAUAAAUGUACAAGAUUUAUAAACACGGGGUCUGCUUCUAAAGUCUAUGUUGCCGAGGAGUACAUUUCAGUAGCAGAGCUUUUCACCUCUCCAGAAAUCCGAGUAAAUCUCCAUCCGGUAGUGGAAGGAGCUGACAUGACCUUAACUUGUCACACUACCAUCAGUCCACUCAGACAGUCAACACGCUUGGCAUUUGCCUUUUAUAAAAAUGGAAAGACUGUGCAAGAAUUCGGUGAAUCCAAUAAAUAUAGAGUUUCAUCCGCCCAGCUGGAGGAUUCUGGGAGUUAUGCCUGUGAGGUGAAAUCUUCCUUCAAUGUGGUCAAGAAAAUAAGCAAGGCUGUACCCAUCGAUGUACAAGGUAUGGCAGUGGUGUCUUUUGAGCCCAAUUUUGGAAAGAUAUUGACGACAGAAAACAUGACCCUGACGUGUAAAGUGGAUCCUAAAAUCGUAGACAAACAAGCCUUUUACUGGUACAAGGAUGGUAACCAAAUGAAUAUAACUCAACCGAGCCUCACCAUUCAGGAUGCACUUGUCAGCGACAGCGGUUAUUACCAGUGCCGAUCCACUAACACUCACAUGAGUGAACCCCUCAGGCUGGAUGUCUCUAACAGUAAUCUUAUUGUACAAGCUCCUCCGUCCAUAUUAGAAGGUGACAACCUGGCCCUCAGCUGUCACAGUCGUCAAGGUCUAGAUUUACGCCGCAGUGAGUUUUAUAAGGAUGACAAACUUCUCAAAUUACUGGAGAGUGAGUCUGUUAUGCAGCUGGGAAAAGCGCACUACACUAUGACCGGAGUAUAUGGAUGCCACAAAAAAGCUUUCGGCCCUAUCUUUAAUAUGGCAGAUAUAUUUGUCUCUGUCACAGAAAUCUUCACCUAUCUGGUACUAAAAGUGAAAAACGCUCCAAUAAUAGAAGGCGAGCCCAUGACCCUGUCCUGUGAUGUCGCUCUAAAUUCGGCCUUGAAUCCUCUCCGUGGCAGCACUACAGUGGAAUUUGCUUUUUACAAGGAUGGGCAGAAAAUACAGGAUUUCACUAAACUUCAUACCUAUGAAAUUAAAACAGCGAUGACAAAGAAUUCUGGGAAUUAUACAUGCAACGUUAAAUGCUCCCUCAACGAUGUAGUGAGGACCAGCCAAGAGCUUGAAGUCACCGUGCAAGAGCUAUUUUCCACUCCUGUUUUCAUGGUCAACCCCACCAAUAUUGAGCUCGGGAAACAAAUGACUCUACAGUGCGAUUAUACAGUUCAUGCGGACAGAAUGACAGCAGAUCUGAGGCCUACCAUUUUCAAGAAUGGUAAAGCUACUGGGAGAGUCCGAACUUCCCGAAUUCUAUCGGCUCAGGAGCAAAACUCUGGAGAUUAUAUUUGUGAAGUGGCUGAUUCCAGCAGAAACAUUAUCAAAUAUAGCAACACCAUUCAUAUCCUGGUGGAAGAACGAGUAGUAGGUGCAAAAAUCAGUGCCGACCGACAAGAUCUCAAGAUGAUGACUGGAAGUAAUGUAACGUUCACGUGUUCUGUGCGUGAAGGUACCUCGCUUUCAUUUACAUGGCUGCACAAUUUCAAGAAGAUAGACAAGAACUGUGCAAUAUAUCAAGUCCGACAAGAUGGCAGAGUGCUCUUCAUCGAAUCCAUUCUGGAGGUUCACUCUGGAUCGUAUCAAUGUAUAGUCAGCAACCACUUCUCCUCUAGUGAUACCAAUAAGCUGGAGGUCACUGUUAUAGAACCGAUCGGUGAUGCCAUCCUCAGAACCGACAGCAAAGUCCUUAAUUUGAUGCCUCAAGAAAGCUUCUCUUUAACUUGCUCUUUGACUCAAGGCAAUGGUACUCAUUUCUUCUGGAUACACAACAAGCAAGAAUUGAAACAAGACACCUCUACGUACGAGUUCAGAGAAGGAGGAAAGGUGCUACAUAUAAAGUCUGCGCAACUGCUCCAUGAAGGAUCAUACCAAUGUAGAGUUGCAAAGGAUAUCUCCUCUGGAAGAACACUGGUAUCAGAAAGUGGUACUCUAACCUUGAAAAUCUCAAGUAAAGACAGCUCAUACCUAAAGCCACUGCUUAUAGUCAUGGUGGUGGCAUCUAUCCUCUUAAUUGGUAUUCUGGUGUACAAGUAUCAGAACAAGUUGGUUAUACCUAACUUUCUCCAAGGAAAACCCCAGAAGACCACAUUCUCACUGAAAACCAUUGAAGAUAAGGUUCUUCUCGUUGACAACAUGGAGAUUUUGGAGAGAACUUCCAAUUCCCACCAGUGAAACAGCAAGAAACCAAGGAUGGAUAAUGACACAUGUCCACAGGUGUACUCCAAGACUUUACUAUGGACCAAACCUGGUUCUUAAUGUUUCCAUUGUGAUCCCUAUGUGUGCCUCUAUGUCAUGCAAACUAUUUCAAUGUCUGUAUGGUGUCCGAAAUGUAGCUCAUCAUGCCAUUCCUGUCACCUAUAUGUAGCUCUUGUGGUCUGCUGGUUCUCCUCGUGGAGAUCCAGCUCCUCUGGUGAGGUCUAACAGGCAAUGCCUCUUGAGUAAAACUAUGCAAAUCUUUUCCAGAAAGGAAGAAAAUUGUCCCUCUAGUGUCACCUAUAGAUGGCAACCCUUGAACAAGCCUUCAGACAUAACUAGGGAUUUCAGCCAAACCAAAGAUACCCAGUAAACUCUGCCAUUUCUCAGUACAGAGCAGAUUACUGGUUGAAUGAGCAAAAUGCCUUAAAUGUAGCUCUCGUGUACUGGUUGUGAAGAAAGCCUAGCAAGCAAUGUUUGCUGGGAAAUAGAGUGACUGUAGGUGACAAGACAGAGACAGUUCUCUUCUGAGGGGAGCUCAUUUGCAAACCAUAUGUGUCUCUUCAUGCCUUGACUGUGCUCCUAUAUUGUCCUACUAAGUCUUUACUAUGGCCUAAAGUUAGCUGGUAUACCUGUCUUAGGGCUCAGUGGACGCCCCCUUCACACCUGUAAUAUAUUCCUAAUGUUUUUAUUAUGGCCAAAAGAGAUCUCUAUAACUCUACAGUAAAUGUAACCCUCCACAGUUGUGCUGUGGCCCAAAUGUCUUGACCUGAGACCAAUGACUCAUUUUUUUAAGAAUUCCAAAUAUUUUAAAUGAAAAUAGGAUUUAUUUGAUGCAUUUCAUUUGAUAUUUGUGGAUUAAAGAGAAAAUAAGGACUGAGCUCUAGGUAACUUUGUGGGGGCUGUAAGCAUCUUCUAGUGCUUCCCUUUGGUCCAGUUGGGUUUUGGGGUUCAGUGGCUGUUUUAAAAAUGACUUGAAGGCUGUGAACCCAUAUUUAAUAAGACUCGUGUUCCUCAUCAAUGUCGGAGAGGGUUGUGAU